AUGUCUGCCGCCGAAGUUUCCAACACCUCUCCGGCCGCUGGCCAAAAUGGGACCUCCGAGGCCCAGAAUGGCACAUCUGCGAUCAACACCAACGUUGCGCCUUCUGAGGGUGGCAAUGACGACCAGACCCCUUACUCGGCUAACCCCAACGCGGCUCAACACUCUGCCUCACUCUACGUUGGCGAGUUGGACCCCUCGGUCACCGAAGCCAUGCUCUUCGAGUUGUUCUCCUCCAUCGGCCAAGUUGCAUCCAUUCGAGUCUGUCGCGAUGCCGUCACUCGCCGCUCCCUGGGCUACGCUUAUGUCAACUACAAUAACACUGCUGAUGGAGAACGUGCCUUGGAAGAUUUGAACUACACGAGUAUCAAGGGUCGUCCUUGCCGUAUCAUGUGGUCUCAACGUGAUCCCGCCCUUCGCCGCACUGGUCAAGGCAACGUCUUCAUCAAGAACUUGGACGCGGCCAUCGACAACAAAGCCCUCCAUGAUACCUUUACCCAAUUCGGCAACAUCCUUAGCUGUAAGGUUGCUCAAGACGAGAUGGGUAACUCCAAGGGCUACGGUUUCGUUCAUUAUGAGACUGCCGAGGCUGCCAACUCCGCCAUCAAGUCCGUCAACGGCAUGUUGUUGAACGAUAAGAAGGUCUUUGUCGGUCAUCACAUUGCCAAGAGAGACCGUCAGAGCAAGUUUGAGGAGAUGAAGGCCAACUUCACCAAUGUCUACAUCAAAAACAUUGACGAAUCCGUCACCGACGAGGAGUUCACCAAGCUUUUCGAGACCUAUGGCGAGGUUGUGUCCGCAAGUAUCACUCGUGACGAGAAUGGCAAGAGCCGCGGCUUCGGCUUUGUCAACUUUGUCACUCACGAGUCGGCUGCCAAAGCCGUGGAGGAACUCAACGACAAGGAGUUCCACGGCAAGAAUCUCUACGUGGGCCGUGCACAAAAGAAGCAUGAGCGUGAGGAAGAGCUUCGUCGGCAAUACGAGGCCGCUCGCAUGGAGAAGGCUUCCAAGUAUCAAGGUGUCAACCUCUACGUCAAGAACCUGACCGAUGAUGUCGAUGACGAGAAGCUUCGCGAAUUGUUCAGCACCUUCGGCACCAUUACCUCCGCCAAAGUUAUGCGGGAUACCUCUGACCGUAGCGCCUCGCCUUCCGCUGACAAGGACAAGGAGAACAAGAAGGAAGAGACUGCCGAGGUCAAGGAAGAGCCCAAGCCCGAGGAGGGCGCAAAAGCCGAUGAGUCCAAGGACGAAGGCAAGGAGGACGGCAAGGAAGACGGAAAGGAGCAGAAGAAGUCCGGCUCGAAGACCUUCGGCAAGAGUAAGGGCUUCGGAUUCGUUUGCUUCAGCAACCCAGACGAGGCUUCCAAGGCGGUGUCGGAAAUGAACCAGAAGAUGGUCAACGGCAAGCCUUUGUAUGUUGCUCUCGCACAGCGCAAGGAUGUUCGCAAGAGUCAGCUUGAGGCUAGUAUCCAGGCACGCAACACCCUUCGCCAACAGCAACAGGCCGCCGCUGCCGGUAUGCCUCAGGGCUAUAUCCAGCCUUCCGUCUUCUAUGGUCCUGGCCAGCAAUUUUUGCCACCGGGUGCCCAGAGAGGGAUCCCAUUCGCUGGCCAGCCUGGUAUGGUCAUUCCUGGAAUGCAAGGCGGUCGUGGACAGUUCCCAGGAGGAUUUCCUCAACAAGGUCGUGGAAUCCCUCAAGGUCAACAACUCCCACCCAACUUCGGUAUGCCUGGCCAGAUGCCAUUCAUCCAAAACCCUGCUCUUGUGAACGGCAUGUACAACAACCCACAAGCUCUCGCCCAGAUGCAAGCUCAGAUGGGUCGUGGUGCUGGAGGUCGCGGCCAGAUGCAGGGCAUGCAGGGCGUCCCUCCUAACAUACCGGGUAUGGGCGGUGUCCGUGGUGGACCCAACUUCCCGCAAGGCGGUGGCCGAGGUGGUAUGCAGAAUCUACCUGGCGGUCAAGGCGCCGGCCGUCUGCCUCCACAGGGUCGUGGACAAAUCAUGCCUAACCGCGAAGAAAUCGGUGCCCCGAGCACGCUCAGCAACCUUGCGUCUCUCCCCCCAAGUCAGCAGAAGCAGAUGCUUGGUGAAGCUAUCUACCCAAAGAUUCAACAAAUGCAACCAGAGCUUGCUGGCAAGAUCACUGGUAUGCUUCUCGAGAUGGACAACUCUGAACUUCUUGCUUUGGUCGAUGAUGAAGCCGCUCUUCACUCCAAAGUCGAUGAGGCUCUCAGCGUCUACGACGAUUACAUGAAGAGCCGUGGCGGUGAAGCCGGCCCCAAUGGCACAAAAGAGGAAGACGCGCCCAAGGCCGAGGGUGCAGAAACCACCGCCUAA